AUGCUCACCUCGGCUGCCAGCCUAUUCGCGGCGUCGCCGUCCAUCCCAAUCCUGGCGCGCCGCCCCGGCUUCUGCGUGGUCGCCAAGCCCGCAGGGCUAGUCGUGCACCGCAACGACUGGUCGCGCAAAGGCGACGUUGCGCUGCUGCAGCUUCUUCGCGACCAGCUCGGAACGCAGGUCAACCCCGUGCACCGGCUCGACGCUGGCACGUCUGGCUGUCUGGUCUUUGCGGAGGACUCGGAGACCACCGCGGCGCUCCAGCGCGCAUUCGCCUCCGGCCGGGUCCGCAAGACGUACAUCGCCGUGGCGCGGGGCAACGCGAUGCCGACGCUCGGCGAAGGGCUCGUGGUCGAGCGGCCGGUGCGCGACGACAAGGGCGUGCUGCGCGCUGCGCGCACCGAGUUGAUGUGUCUCGGAGGGUGCGACGGCGAGGAGGUUGCGGGGGAGGGCGAGGCGGUCACGGGGCGACUCAACCUCGGCGCCUCGCUGGUGGUUGCCGAGCCGACCACCGGCCGCUUCCACCAGAUCCGGAAGCACCUUGGCGGGCUCUCGCACCCCAUCCUGGGCGACGCAAAGCACGGCGACUCGCGCGUCAACCGGUGGUGGCGCGAGGAGCGCGGGCUGCGCAGCCUCGCGCUG